AUGGGGAAUGACACGCUUAAUUUGGUAGUGUCUGACACAUUUAACAAUUUAGUUGAGCUUCAAAAUGAAGUGAACAAUGGCAAUGCUUUAAGAAUUUUCAGCUACGCAUCAAUCAUUGCAGCUACGAACAAGUUCUCAAUAGACAACAAGUUAGGAGAAGGGGGCUUCGGACCAGGAUUGUUACCACAGGGAGAAGAAAUAGCAAUCAAAAGACUUUCGGAAGAUUCGACUCAAGGUGAAAAAUUAGAUUGGAGAAAACAUUUCAACAUAAUUGAUGGGAUUGCUCAAGGACUGCUGUAUCUACAUUAGUAUUGAAGAUUAAGAGUAGUUCACAGAGAUCUGAAAGCAAGUAACAUUCUAAUUGAUGAAAACAUGAAUCCCAAAAUUUCAGAUUUUGGCAUGGCUAGAAUUUUCACUCAAGAGUCAGAUAUAAACACUAAAAGGAUUGUUGGGACAUAUGGUUACAUGUCACCGGAAUAUGCAAUGGAGGGAAUUUUCUCUUUCGAAUCUGAUGUCUAUGCUUUUGGAGUCUUGCUGCUAGAAAUUAUUAGUGGCAGAAAAAACAAUACUGCUGAAGGGCCACUCAAUCUAGUAGGACAUGCUUGGGAGCUAUGGAAACAAGGCCAUGCACUAGACCUCUUAGAUCCAACUUUAAUAGAAUCUUUCAUUCAAAAUGAAGUAUUAAGAUGCAUUCAUGUUGGUCUUUUAUGUGUAGAAGAAUGUGCAGCUGAUCGCCCCAAUAUUUCAGAAAUGAUACCCAUGUUAAACAGUGAAAUUGCAACAUUUCCAUUGCCUAGAAGACCAGCAUUUUACCGCGGAAAAAAGCUGGUUGAGGAAUAUGACUCUUUUAUUGAUAAUGAAAUCCAUUCAGUGAAUGGUUUAACUAUUUCCAACAUAGGUGGAAGAUAAAUCUAUUAUUAAAUGCAUAGAUUGGAAAAUGGUGGUGUAUUUUUUACCAUUUCAUGUUUGCAAAUGUAUCCCAAAUAUUUCGUUGUCUAAUUAGCAUUCUUCAAUCAUCUAAAUGCAGUUUAAAUUA